CGCCGAGGUGGGCGACGGGGCGAGGAGGGCCGCAAGAUGGCGGCGGGCGGGAAAGCGCUUAGUUGGGAUACGCCGCCCAAGAAUGGACAGGAAGUAUACUUCUCCCGUGAUCUUUAUGAAAAAUAUUCACUGGCUCCCACCCUCUGUGAACUGCUGUUGCUGUCCAGAAGAAAAGCAGAAGGCAACACAGACCGAUCAAAGCCCGGUCAAGAAAACAGGACUUCUGGCGGACGAGAAUCGGUUCAAGCAGGAGUUAAGUCUUCAGUGGAUUCCGCGUCUUUCCAGGAGCCCAGAGUUCCCUAUCCUUACGUUUCUAGUUUGUCGGAGAACGAACAGAGGAGGUACCAGUUUCUGAUGUCGACGUACUUGAAUGCAGAGCCCAGCUCGAUAGAUCUGUCAAAACAAAGCGAUUAUUCACAGUACCUUCAAAUGAAAGAAUUCGUGAGCAAAGAGGUUGCGGAGUUUCUGAAGUUUGCCCAGAAUGCCGCCAGGUCAUGCGCCGAAGAUUACAACUCCAUCUCUGAAGAGGCGUUACUUUACUCCAAGAGAUUUUUAAGCUCUUGCAUUGGCUCUGUGAAGAAAUAUCCGGAAUGUUAUACCCUGCAUGAAGUUACCAGCAUCAUGGGGGGAAAGUUUAGCACGGAACUGACCUUGAAACUGGAAGCCAGCCUUGUUGUUCUGGGAAACGUGAAUCUCCUUAAGCUGCACUUUCCAAACAUGCCUGCCCAGAUACAGCUUCCUGCUAGUAUUAAAAACAAAUCAGCUGUUACAACUCCAGAGCAGAGAGCUUCCCGACUGCACCACGAUGUUAGCACAGACCCGAAUGCAGAGAAACUCGCAUCGAAAUAUUGUCCUCAGAUCGUGCUGACGACCGAGUCCUUAUUUACCUUGCUGAACAAUCACGGCCUGAACUAUAAGGAGCCGUGGGAGCUUCCGGUUUCAGUGAAAAACAUCUCUGUUGCAGGCAGUGAACCAGUCAGAGUGGUUUACAUCGAUCCCCCUCUCCCAAAGAAAGAGAUGACUGUGAGGGAGAAGAACCAGUUUUUUCACGAAUUCCUGGCAGAUUUCCACACCACGAAGCAAUCCAGUGUUUUGGCGUGCACUCCCAUACUGGACAAGCGCCACAGAGACCCCGAGAAUCUGGACGCUCCUGAAACAUGCCAAGGUAGACAGAUGCGAGUAUCGGAUCCCACGGAUCUAGAUUUUGACACCGACGUCACGGAACUAGAAACGUUCGGCUCAAGCUCAAAGGCUCUGAACAUUUCCAAACCGCAGAGCGCUCCUGCGAAACCAGCGAAUGCCCCUAAAAUUGGGCUGGAGGAGCUCUUGAGAAUGGAGAAACGGCUGUUGUCGGAAGUGAGCGGAGGGACGGGCGAAAAAAGCAGCAAAGGCGGCGACCACCCGGCUUCGGCCUACGGCAGCGGGCAACGUUUAAACAGGACACCCUCAACUGGGUCUGCCUUGGAACUGGAUAGUAAAGGAGGCACCUCGGGUCAAGGUGUUGAAUCGACGGCAGCUGGACUGAGCGGCGAGGGCGCACCCGCUGUCCAAGAAGAUAAAAGGGACAAUAACCCAAGUGUUCCGCCCUGCGAGAGUGACUCCGAAGAGGAAUCUUUAGUCAUGGAUGUAGAAUGUGAAAAUACCAAUAAUGUCAAACCUGUUGUGGUCCCGUCUAGCCAAAGCUCGGUAGCAGACAGUCCCGAGUUUCCUUGCUCUACACAAGACCUGCCAGAAAAACCGAAGGAUUCUUCAAAGGUUCCGGACCAGGAGACAAACGCUCAGGAGCUGCCUGAAGGGUCCGGUUCUGUCGGGCAGACGUUGAAAAUGCAAACUGAGCUUCGCAAAGCGCCGCCUCCCAGCUCUCCAGAACGGGCGGAAGGGAGCGCCGAGAACUGCUCGAAUCCGACACCAAGCCAGACGCCUCUUGUGUCGGAAGCCUCGGUGGUUUCUACUCUGGAGCCUGGGCAGAGCACUACUGUGGUGACCGGCACCUUACCUAAGUCAACCUGGUUAUCACACUUUCAGGGAUCUCAAAAAGGGUCGCUUCGGGACGCCUUCGAAGACCUUGCUGAGUAUGAAGCCCCCCUGCAGGGCAACCUGGUCUACAAGCUCUUCCGCCUGGACGACCUGCUGCUGCUGGUGCGCUGCUCGAUACAGAAGGCGGAGCUACGGCCGCGCAACAAGAAAAUUAAGAGGCACUACCCUGUCUACGUACUGCCAAAGCUGGAAUAUCAAGCCUUCUACGGAGCGGAAGCGUUAACAGAAGGCGAAAUAUGUCGGCUGUGGACCGAGAGUUUAUUGCACUCCAAUUGUUCGUUUGUGGUUGCUCAUAUCAACGCCCUGACUUCAAAACUCUUUUUGGUUGAAAAAUUAUCUGCGGAAGGCUUGAGAAGAAGAUUUGGCACAUUUAAGCCGGCAAAUUCGCUGAACAUUCUCCAACAUAUCUUGAAGAAGGUGACCGGUUUGCAAGAGGGCGCCUACCUCCUGGCUCACGCAGCGGGCGACUCGUCCGUCAUGAUCCGUAAGAGCUGUCCGGAGAAAGACACCAGGGGGACGUACAACUUGCACGCGGCUCACGGCGACCUGCCCGGCCCCCCGGCCACCCUGUCGGUUCCGUGGGUGCCACUGGAUCCCAACAUCCUUUUGCCUUCCCACAGCGCUCAAGGACGAGUCCCCUGCACUUUCCCACCGAGACCAGCGGACGCCAAAAAGGACCACAAGGCGAGCGGGGCCCACGCACGCCCAGACACGCCUAACCGCAGAAAGCAAGUUUCCAUGGAAACAAACAGCGAUCGCCCGCCAACUCAGCCGUUUAGAAAGCGGCAGAGGCCUGCGCAGAAGGAGACGGCGAUGAGCCAUGAGUACAGGCAGGCCAGGAGAGGGCCGCACUGGAAAUUCUGGAAACACGCCAAGAGGAGCCAAGACGACCCGGCUUAGUCAUGCUGCACGAACACAGGGAGGGAGAUGGGGAUGCAAUUUACGAGUCCAAAGUGGUUUAUUGUAUUGAGCCAUUGGCCAUUACAAAAUACAGAAUACA